AUGCCUUCCCGACACUCUGAAUCGUCGUCCUCCAGAGCACCGCUGGAGGAAUCACGAGUAGCCAAUCGAUCCAUCUCGGCUUCUUUUGCCGGUACCAAAGCUUCUCUCUCCAGCAAAUCGUCAUCUACCUCGAGAAAGAGUUCAUCUUCAGGUCACUCCAGCUCAAAGUCAUCCAAUGCUCGAUCUGCAUCCGGCAAACAUCGAGGUCGCUUCGAUGAUGACGAUGACAUUGCAGAAGAGGAGGACGAAGACGACGAUGGCGACGAUUACGAUGAAGACAACGAAAACAAUCACCGUCAGAGCAAUGCACGCAAGCCGUCCGGCGCCCAAUCAAAGUCCACAUCUAGGCCUCCCUCGGCGCCAUCCAGUCGACAACCCUCUGCAUCCCACAAUGCCAACCGCUCCGUCCUCGCGCGCAGCAACCCCAACGCAUCUGUCAUGAUGGGCGGCGCCGCACACACAUCCGUCGCUUUCCAGAACUCGCGCGUCGCAGCGCUCGCCAGAUCGCACGCAGUCGUUGACGCUUCCUCCAUCAUGCGUCCUCGCGGUCAGGCUGCUCAUCCAGCAGCCAACGGAGCCUCCGGCAGCACCGACCCUAAAGGCGCGACCCCCGCAUCCGCAUCCUUGCGCGUGGACACUUCGAGCUUCGAAGAGUGGAUGAAGAUGGCUACCGACAACAAGAUCAACUCUACCAACACCUGGUCUUUCGCCCUCAUCGACUACUUCCAUGACAUGUCGCUCCUCCGUAACGAGGGUGGUGAUGGCAGCAUCAACUUCCAAAAGGCUUCCUGCACCCUGGACGGAUGUGUCAAAGUUUGGACCUCGCGCGUCGACUCGGUCGUCGUUGAAACCGGAAAGCUUCUCUCUGGUCUGCAAGACGACAUUGACCAGGCAACUCGCAAAGACAAGCGCGGCGGCGAAGAAGGUGACGAGGAUGAUGCUGAUGAUGACGGCGACGAGGAUGGUCCGGGCAGCUCAACAAGAAAGCGCAAGAGGAACAAGGAAGCUACCCUUGCCAAGACAUUCGGUCACAUCCAGAUCAAGAAGUUCGAGCUCGAGUUCACUGUCGACCCUCUGUUCAAGAAGACGUCGGCUGAUUUCGACGAGGGUGGCGCCAGCGGUCUCCUGAUGAACCACUUGGGCGUCGAUUCUUCGAUGGCUGUCAUCUUUGACGCCAGUGACGUCGCAGGCGUUGGCGGCGACGAGGACAUGGCCAAGACGCUUGCCAAUGGCGAAGACGAAGAUGCUGACGAGGAGGACGAAGCUCCCACCCCCGCUGCCGCCCGCGAAGGUGAGGACGAGCUGAUCGACCUCUCCAAGCUUACCUCCAAAUGGCUCGACUCGAGCGAAUUUGGCGCCAACGAUGCAGAGGACGUCGCUUCGCUGCUCUCGCGCCGUGUCUUGUGUCCAACGCUUUGCAACUUCCGCUUCUCCAAGGACGACGACACGCCUUUCGGUGUCGGUCUUGAAGAGUUCAAUCAACAGACCUUCCACACCGCCACUCACACGGACAAAUACUUUGACUCGCAAGCCGGCAGCGGUAUGCGUGCUCCGUCGGAAGAAUUCAUCGGCGGAGGCUUCGAUGACGCAAAUCCGAUGAUGGAUGGCGGUGACGCCGACGGCGACUUCUUCCAGACCGACUUGAACGGUGCUGGCGAUGAUGGUGAUGAUGAUGGUAACGACUUUUUCGACGCUCUCGACACGGCGCCUGCCUUCCACCACGGCGGUCCAGUUGUGCUCGACGGCACCACAGGAGGCGUGGACAACUAUGGUCCGUUUGACCCUUCUGCCGGUCCUUCGUCCGAGCUCGUCAUGGCCAUGGCUUUCAACCCCUCCACAGGCAUGCCAAUAGACGGUGCUGACGGCGAGAACGGUAGCGACCUCUUUGACUACUUUGACCGACGCCUCAUGCGCAACUGGGCCGGUCCAGAGCACUGGAAGCUGUCGCGUGUGGCCACUACCGGGCCUCUGGCGCUUGGUGCUGCAACUGGGGCUGCAGCUCAGGCGGCAGCAGCUGCUCGCAAGGAAGCCAAGAGGAGCAAGGAACCUUUCGUCAUUGAUUUCUUGUCAGAAGAGGGCGCCGUCAACGCCAAGGAGAUCUUUGAGCCCGCCAAACAGGCUGCUGCCAUCACUUUGCCCAACAGCGUUCGCAACAAGAUGGCGAAUCUCGCAGCGUCGUCUUCGGACGCUUACUUGCUGCCCGAGGAUCGUCACUUCAGCUCGAAGCAGCUCUUACGACUCUUCUUGAAGCCCAGAGUGGCCAUCAACAUGCGCUACAAGGGUCAGCAGGGAAGCGGCUUCGGCGGCGAUGCCCAACUCUGGGCCGAUGUUGCGGGCGAUGCCGGCGACGACAUGGAUGCUGCGGAUGGAGGCAUGCCCUUUGACACUCAAUUCUUCCACGAUGGUGACGACGGCUUUGAUGCCAACGGAGGUGGCAUGGGCGGCCUCGAUGACAUGCCAGCAAACGUCACCGCCAGCGGCGAUGCGGAGGACGAGGAGCUCACACAGACACUGCAAGCGCUCAACCGAGUCAAACCCGAGUACGUCAACUACGCAAAGAAGGCGAAGCGAGUCGACGUCAAGAAGCUCAAGGAGAAUAUUUGGAAAGAGCUCGGCAUCCUUGCUUCGACAGAGGAUCCCGCUUCUCUUGCGGCGAAAGCUGCUGCCGCUGCGAAUGGCGAAGAGGACGGAGACGAAUCGAUGGCAUCGACCAUCGCCGAAGCAGCAGGCAACGUCAAGACGUUCGAGUCGGUCCUGUGCGGCUUGCAGAAGGCAUACCCUCAGGACCGAAUGGAGGAGAUCUCGACCUCGUUCUGCUUCAUCUGCUUGUUGCACCUUGCCAACGAAGAAGGCCUGGCGAUCAGCACGGGAUCCGAAGACAAGAUCGAGGCGCUGCGUGCCAAGCGUGGUCGCAACAGCACCACGCCGACCAAGGGCGAUGGCGCUGGUGGGCUCUUUGGCCGUCUUGCUGCCGGCAAGGUCAUGCGCACGAGCAGCGAAGAUGAUGACUUGGGUGGUGAAGACGAGGAUGGGGCGCCAGUGGAGGGCGAGGAGGGCUACGAGGAGGACGAGCUGCGCGUCGGCAGACUGUCGUCAUUAAAGAUCAUGAAGGACCCCAAGGCGUACCGCUCAGCAUAA